UCAGUGGAAUUGAUAGCUUCGCUUCGAUCGUUGCAGCUGAUCCAAUACAUCAAAUCAGCUUGAAUAUGUGGACUCAACUAUUUGCCAUACUACUGAUGCUCGCACAAUAUGCUCAAGGCAAACCUUCCCUCAGACAGAACGAUGUCGAGGGCGAUUAUGGCACUGAGAUGAAUGCAUUUAUGGAUAAGCUGCCAGCGGAGGAUGAAGUGCCCGAUGGAUUCGGCUCGCGUUCAUCCUUUUCCGAGGAGCCCGAAUCGGAUGAUAUCUUGGCCUCGCUGGACGAUGAGUACGAGGGCGCCAAGCACUGUGAGUGGAACACCUGCGACAAGGAUCUACGCGAGUCGCGGGGCAUUGGAUCGUUCUUGGAUUUGAGCUUCAUCAAAAAGAUUGCCGGCAACUUGAACCCGUUCGGCAGCCACAAGCUUCGCAUGCAGUUCUACCUGUUCAAGAGGGAGUUCCCCGAAUGCGGCCGAGAGCUGGACUUCGGCAGCGAAAAUAAGUGGCGCCACUCGGGCUUCAAUGCCUCGCUGCACACCAGGAUGAUGAUACACGGCUGGAUGAGUCAGUCGCGCGGCUCCUUCAAUCGGGACGUGAAGAACGCCUAUCUGAAGCGCGGCGAAUACAACGUGAUUGUGGCCGACUGGAGUGCCUCGUCCGCGAACGUCAACUACUUUUCGGUGGUGAAGCUAAUUGAGGUUUUUGGCGCCCAAUUGGCGCAGUUCGCGCGGAGCCUGAAUCGCCGGUACGGCGCCAGCUUCGACAGCAUGUACCUCAUCGGACACUCGCUGGGCGCACAGAUUGCGGGUGCCGCUGGCAAGCGACUGAAACCCGACCAGGUUAACACGAUAUUUGCGCUGGAUCCGGCGGGUCCCAAGUUCCGGCAUCGCAGCGCCGAGUUCCGCAUAGAUCCCACGGAUGCCAAGUACGUGGAGUCCAUGCACACGAGUGCAACCUUCGGCUUCCGGCGUCCCACGGGGAGUGCCACCUUCUAUCCCAACCAUGGAGCCAUUCAGCCGAGCUGCUACUAUCUGGGCUGCUCGCACAUUCGAUCCUAUGCGAUGUUCGCCGAGUCCAUCAAUUCCCCCAAGGGAUUCUGGGGCACGCCCUGCACACGGGACAAUGGUCGCUGGCAGUGCGACCAAAGCCAACGACAGACAGUCCAAAUGGGAGGAGAACCAGCGCUUCAGAAGAGCGGAAUUUUCUAUGUCAAAACCUCAGCCAAUGAUCCGUUUGCGUUGGGCAGGGAUUAGAAUCUAAUAUCUGUAAUAGAUAUACGAUUUAGUUAGUAGAAGUGAAAUGUGAUGAAAGUUUUGCAAGUGAAAAAAAUGCAAAUGAUUUUUAAGAAUG